AUGGGAGGAGAAAAGAAGCCAUUCGAAAUCGCCAUCAUUGGGGGAGGCAUAGCUGGAAUAAUCCUCGCCAUUUCGCUCGCUAAACGCAACGUACCCUGCAUCAUCUACGAGAAGGCCCAUGCCUAUACCGAGCUUGGAGUCGGCUUGGGAGUUUCGCCAAAUGCUCUCAGGGCAAUGAUAACUUGUGAUCCGGUGAUUCUCGAGGCCCUCGAAAGCGUGGCCGAGCCUCCUUUCCGUUGGGAGGUGUUUGACGGUACGGAUGAAGCAAACGAGGACACUGUUCUUUUCACACUUGGAAAUUCUACUACAGGACUUAGGGGUUGUCACCGAGGCCAGUUCUUAACACACUUGCUCAAACAUGUUCCCGGUGACACGAUACAUUACAGUAAGGAACUGGAAAGCAUUGAAGGGCCAGAAGAAACGGGCAAACGACUUCGAAUGAUCUUCCGAGACGGAUCAACCGCUGAGGCUGAUGGAAUAAUCGGAUGCGAUGGGAUCAAAUCGCACACAAGAGGCAUCGUCAUAGGCCACGAUCAUGCGGCUACGAAGUGCACCUACACCCAUAAGUACACCUACCGCGGUUUGAUACCGAUGAGUCAAGCCGUACAGAUCUUGGGCCCAGACAGAGCAAGAACCUCCGGGCUGUGGGUCUGCAACGAUGCACACAUAGUCACCUAUCCGGUGGCUCACGGGAAAAUGCUAAAUUUGGUCGCUCACACCUCGACCACCGAGGAGUGGCCGAGCGAGACCCAAUUCACACUUCCUGCUACAGUAGAUGACUGCAUCAAAGAUCUCAAAGCUUUCAGUCCGCGAAUGCAGAAGGCGAUACAGCUUUUGAAAGUUCUGGAUAGGUGGGCUCUAUUCGAUCUAGGUGAUGGCUCGGUCCCUACAUUUGCGAAGGGCCGUAUAUGCCUUCUUGGAGACGCAGCACACGCAUCCACCCCGCAUCAAGGUGCUGGAGCGGGAAUUUGCAUUGAAGACGCAGCAGUCAUGGCAUCGCUGUUGGCAGACCUAAAGGUUCGAGAUAGUACAGCGAUUGAGGCUGCGUUUGCUGCAUUCGAUGCCAGCCGUCGGGAAAGAGGUCAAUGGCUUAUUCGGGAGAGUCGAAGGGCUGGCGAACUGUACGAUCUCCGGACGGAGCAUGGGAAAGACUUUGAUAAGCUACGCGAGGAAAUCUUGUCGCAGGCAGAGGAGUUGUGGAAUUUUGACCUCGACAGAAACAUCAGAGAUGCGUUGGAGGACAUGAGACGUCGUCUAGCUGCAGAAUAG